GAGACAAGCACAACCCACAGACAGCAACUGUAGCUACUCUCUAGAACAAGGCGACCUCUGAGCUAUAUUCUUUCCCAGAAAAGAUGUGCUGAUAUUGGAGAAGAGAUCACGGCAACAAUGGAAUACCAGAUAUUGAAAAUAUCUCCCUGUCUGCUGGUUCUUCUGUUUUUUAUACCCACUGUUCUGGGUAUCUGUCCUUCUAACUGUACAUGCUCAGGAAACGACAGGAAUGUGGACUGUUCAGGUAGAAACUUAACUAUACUGCCACAUGGACUUCAAGACAAUAUUACAUAUUUAAAUCUGUCCUUUAACCAGUUCGUAGAUCUCGACCAUCAGCUAACAAGAUUCACCAAUUUGAGGACCCUUGAUAUUUCAAACAAUUGGCUCAAGAAUGUUCCUGCACAUCUGCCCAAGUCCUUAUGGGAAUUAUAUGCCAGAAACAACAACAUUAAAGUUCUUCAGAAACUUGACACCGCUUACCAGUGGAAUCUUAGAGUGCUCGACGUUUCCAGGAAUAUGGUGGAAAGAGCUGUUCUGAUCAACAACACCCUGAGCAGUCUCAAGUUUCUCAAUCUCAGUAGCAACAAACUUUGGACAGUUCCAACCAACAUCCCCUACAACAUAGAGAUGGUGGAUCUAUCCAACAACUUCUUGUCCCAGAUACUCCCAGGAACGUUGCUGAGGCUACAGCACCUCACAAGCCUCUACCUGCACAACAACAAGUUCACAUACAUUCCUGACAAGGCUUUUGACCAGCUCUUGCAGCUCCAAGUAGUAACACUGUACAACAACCCAUGGGCCUGCAGUGAUGAACAGAAUAUCCCAUAUUUGCUGAAGUGGGUGCAGGAAACAGCUGCCAGUGUGGUGGGGGCUCCCUGUGCCAACCGUUCCAUGCUCUGGGUCCAUGGCACCCCUACUCCCCCCAGCACAGACUCCAGCCUCAUGAUUAAGGGAAUGAAGGCAGCAGAUCAAGCUUCUUCCCCAGUGGCAACUGAACCAAGCAAAAUGACCAAAGUGCAUAAACAGUUUAAAGCCAAGGAGGUGACUACCUUGGCAACCUUCAGCCAGACCAUACUGUUCACAAGCACAGAGCGACCACCGCUCCUCUACCCAGAAGACCUGACAACUGGGAAGGUUGGCUCUCAAGAAGCAGCUGCCACACACACCAUCUACAUCAAAGAUUCAACCGAGGUGAACUCAAGCCUGGCUCGUUCAACAGGAUCAUCCACUACUCCUAUGACUUUAAGUAUCACCAGUGGAAUGCCAACAAACUACUCCAAAAUGCCUCAGAGCACAACUGCUACCUUAAGGAAAGAGGAAUCCACAACAAACGUUUUGAAUACUCAUCAGCCCUCCAGAGCAAGUAUCUGUGAGAUAUAUUUGGUUUAUGUCGUUAUGCUUAAUGCUGUGGCAAUGUUUAUUGGCUAA